AUGAUCAGUCGUUAUUCGAGCUCAUUAUAUUCGUUAUGUCGGUCUGCCUACAUCCCCAUGAGAACAUUCGCUUCUAACCAGGAGUUGUUUGAGAAAGCUCAGGCAAACGUGAAGACUCUAACAGAAGAGCCAGAUGUGGACGUUAAACUGCAAAUGUAUGCCCUAUUUAAGCAGGCUACUGUUGGAGAUGUCCAAGGAAGCCGUCCAGGAAUGAUGGACUUUGCUGGUAGGGCAAAAUUCGAUGCUUGGACUAAGGUUAAAGGAAUAAGCAAGGAAGAGGCGCAAGCGAAAUACGCCAAAAUUGUUGAAUCGUUACUGGGUGAACAGUCACCUCCGCCAGCGGCUGGAUCCGCUCCAAUGGGAUUGAAGCCUGUUGAAGGGCUGGAUAGCACCUUCCACACUCCAUUCUCCACGCUUGGACAAUCUCCAGAAGGUGCGUCGUCCUACACCUUCCCGAUUCUCAUGGGACAACUCCGUGCAUCAGAGUUUCUGAUUCUCAACAAAAAAUUCUCUGCUCAUCAAGCGCUCGAAGCGGGACUCGUGAAUGAGGUUGUUCCGCAUGACGAAUUCCAAGCAAAGGCUGCAGCCGUUGGUCAAGCAGCACUCAUCCCUUCCUCCAGAAAGCUUACGGGUCAAUAA